CCCAAGCGGGUGGAAAAUGAUGACGGUGCCUCUUGAGAAACACUACUUAAUAAGGUUUUUGUGUCUGGUGUGCGUUAGUUUGUGUGCUGAUUUGGGUCAGAUGAGGCACUGCCAGCUGGUAUCCAUGGCAACAGGAUUGUUUUCAUCUUGAAUUCAUUGCCAAACCACAUCGCCGCAAUGUGUACAAGCAGUGAUUUAAAUAUGUGUAUGAGUGCUUAAGUGUAGUAUUUAAUUACAAUUGAAAGCUUUGGGGGUUGCCAGAUAAGUUGCCAGAUAUUUAUUGUGCUGUGUUUUUUUUACGGCUGAAACCUGGAUUGGGUGAUAUCGGCAGCAACAAUGGGAUCCUCUCAUUGCUCAGGAUGUGUGCCAUCUUGCAUGGAGACGUUACAUUAGAAGUGAAUGUGAACGGUCCUGACUGGAUCUGGUUCAUUAUUAGGAUUUGCUUUCCUUGGUUUACUUGAAAAUGCUCUGAGAAUUCCACUGAAUCUACUUAUGUUUUUUUUUUUUGUUUUGUUUUUUAAACUCCAUGUUGCCUUUGAAGUCAGUAUUUUUUCAGGUCACGUUUAUGGUGUGCUUUUUAAUUUUUUUUUUUUUUUUUUUUGAGAAACUGAUCACACUUCAUGUAGUGCCUAUGCUUUAGUUCAAGUGUGGUGUGUGUGAUGCAAAAAUACAGUGCACAGUAUGAUAAAAAAAAAUAUCUUUCAAAAUGUUUUUUCUUGCUUCAUUUCUCUGCAAUUAAUAAAACCACCAUUGUUGCCAUAAUCAGUUUUUAAUAUAUAUAUAUAUAUAUAUAUAUAUAUAUAUAUAUAAUAUAAAAAUAAAUAAAAUAAAAUUAAAAUUAACAAAAAAAAUGAAUCAUUCAUUUCAAUUAUUCACAGUGUGCAAGUUUCCCUGAAAAGGCCAUCAUAGGACGAUGCACAACUACCUCCAGAUUAAUUAUAUUAGGAAAGCAGGAAGUGAACAAAUAUAAGUUACUGAUUAUUAAAAUUAAAAUUACGGGACAAAAAUAAAAAUAAAUUAAAAUUAACAAAAAAUAAUAAUUAAAAAAAAAUUAAUCAUUCAUUUCAAUUAUGCACAGUGUGCAAGUUUCCCUGAAAAGGCCAUCAUAGGACGAUGCACAACUAGCUCCAGAUUAAUUAUAUUAGGAAAGCAGGAAGUGAACAAAUGUAAGUUACUGAUUAUUAAAAUUAAAAUUACGGGACAAAAAUAAAAAUACAUAAAAAUAAAUAAAAUAAAUUAAAAUUAACAAAAAAUAUAAAAAAAAUAAUUUAAAAAAAUUAAAUUAAUCAUUCAUUUCAAUUAUGCACAGUGUGCAAGUUUCCCUGAAAAGGCCAUCAUAGGACGAUGCACAACUACCUCCAGAUUAAUUAUAUUAGGAAAGCAGGAAGUGAACAAAUGUAAGUUACUGAUUAUUAAAAUUAAAAUUAACGGGACAAAAAUAAAAAUAAAUAAAAAUAAAUAAAAUAAAUUAAAAUUAACAAAAAAAAUUAAAAUUAACAAAAAUAAAUAAAUAAUAAUAAUAAAAAAAAUAUUAAUCAUUCAUUUCAAUUAUGCACAGUGUGCAAGUUUCCCUGAAAAGUCCAUCAUGGGAUGAUGCACAACUACCUCCAGAUUAAUUAUAUUAGGAAAGCAGGAAGUGAACAAAUGUAAGUUACUGAUUAUUAAAAUUAAAAUUAUGGGAUAAAAAUAAAUAAAAUAAAUAAAAAUUAACAAAAAAAUAAAUUAAAAUUAACAAAAAAAUAAAAUUAACAACAAAAAUAAAAAAAUUUAAUUAAAAAAAAUAUUAAAUUAAUCAUUAAUUUCAAUUAUGCACAGUGUGCAAGUUUCCCUGAAAAGGCCAUCAUAGGACGAUACACAACUACCUCCAGAUUAAUUAUAUUAGGAAAGCAGGAAGUGAACAAAUGUAAGUUACUGAUUAUUAAAAUUAAAAUUAUGGGAUAAAAAUAAAUAAAAUAAAUAAAAAUUAACAAAAAAAUAAAUUAAAAUUAACAAAAAAAUAAAAUUAACAACAAAAAUAAAAAAAAAUUAAUUAAAAAAAAUAUUAAAUUAAUCAUUAAUUUCAAUUAUGCACAGUGUGCAAGUUUCCCUGAAAGGCCAUCAUAGGACGAUGCACAACUACCUCCAGAUUGACGGAGUACACGGUCCAAAAUGUGUAAAAAAAAAAAAAUGCUAACUGAAUAGCAUACAGAAUAGAAAAACUGUUUCCUAUUGGCUGGCUGUUUAGCAACCUGCUUCUUUGUCAAAUCAUUUCCUCUUUAUUGUCUCCUCCGCGGCGACUGCGUGUUCAUCGAUGCAUUAUUGGCAUCAUCUCAGCCUCUCAAGAGGUUCAUGGGAAAAAGCCGCCGAGGGGAAGGACCUGCGGGAAAAGAGUUUUUUAGGGUGGGAGAGAAACUUCUUGACUUGGACUUGAUUUGCAGUCGAAGGUAAGAAGGACACUUCUGGUCAGGUCGGGAUGCUAAUCCCAGCAGGAGCAUCAGCAGCAGGGCCGUAGCUAUGGUUUUAGACGUGAGGUUUCCAUCCUCCUCGUCGAUGAAAAACUUGAGAUUUUUUCCACCAUGUUGGAAAACUCUGCCGCCUCGGCUCCUUACAUCGCGCUGGAGCUGCUGAUCGCCGUGUUCUCCGUGUUGGGCAACGUGCUGGUCUGUUGGGCCGUGUUCCUCAACAGCAACCUGCAAAGCCACACCAACUUCUUUGUGGUGUCGCUCGCCGUGGCGGACAUCGCCGUGGGCGUCCUGGCUAUUCCGUUCGCCAUCGUCAUCAGCAUCGGUUUCUGCUCCAAUUUUUACGGAUGCCUCUUCAUCGCCUGUUUUGUGCUCAUCCUCACUCAGAGCUCUAUCUUUAGCUUGCUGGCCAUCGCCAUGGAUCGCUACAUCGCUAUCAAGUUACCGCUCAGGUACAACAGUCUCGUGACGGGCCAGAGGGCGCAGUGCAUCAUUGCCAUCUGUUGGUUCCUCUCCAUCAUCAUCGGCCUCACCCCCAUGAUGGGCUGGCACAAGUUCUCUCAGAAAGAAACCAACGGGUGUCCGCCGGGCCUCAUGAGGUGCCUCUUCGAGGAAGUGGUUGUCAUGGAUUACAUGGUGUACUUUAACUUUUUCGCCUGCGUCAUCAUCCCGCUGCUGCUGAUGCUGGCCAUCUACCUGUGUAUCUUCAUGGCUGCUCGCCACCAGCUUAAACUCAUGGAGGUGAAAGCGUGUCACGGGGAGAAGUCGCGCUCCACUCUUCAAAAAGAGGUCCAAGCCGCCAAGAGUCUAGCCAUCAUAGUGGGGCUAUUUGCGGUGUGCUGGUUGCCGCUUCACAUCAUUAACUGUUUUACUCUUUUCUGCCCCGAGUGUCAGCGUCCUCCUCUGUGGAUCAUCUACGUGGCUAUUAUACUUUCUCACAGAAACUCUGUAAUCAACCCGUUUAUUUACGCGUACCGCAUCAGGGAAUUCCGGCAAACAUUCCGGAAAAUUAUUUGGCGGCACAUAUUAGGGCGACAGGAGGUGAUGGAAAUACGUGGUAGUAAACGCAACUCCAUUCACAGCAGCAUUAACGACUCCAUUCGAUUUAAGGCAAACUGCCUCAGCUUUGAUCGUUUCACCGAGCAGGGAAGCAGCAGCAGCAUCUCCCAAAACUCUCAUGCUUCCUCCGGAGGAGGCGGCCUAGUAUUGGGAGUAUCCCCAACGCCCCUUGGUGUCUCUAAAGUGGAACCCAUUAGACCAACUCCAAUAGUCAUGUGUCAUCAUCUGCAGUGUUUGGCCGGACCGCAGGGUGUGGAGGAAUACGAACCGCAGAAGCAGAGUUCCGCCCAGGAAGAACCACGGAUUAACAGGUACAACGGGAAGAGCAACAUGACUGAACUGGCAAAAGCGUCCUGACACACACAUGGACAACUUUAUCAACUUUAUCAACUUUAUCCAAGUCUGUCAGCACUGGUUAAAAGUACUUUUAAACACUGAGCUACCCUAAGACAACAUGCUACAGUAAACCUCGGAUAUAUCGGAUUCAAUUGUUCCCACUGGUUUUGUCCGAUAUAAGCGAAAUCCGUUAUAUGCGUAUACCGGAAAAUGUCCGUUUUACGCAUAUAUCGGAUUUAUAUCCGGUAUAUGCGUAAAUCGGAUUUUAUCCGUUAUAAAAAGGCACUUCCUUGACUAUGUUUCCAAUGUACCUGGACGCGCAGGCAACGCUGCAAACGCUGCAAAUGACGUCGUAUAGCGGCCUGUCACGAUUCGGCGAAUCGGGAGCGCCACGAUGCGGCCAUCCGAUAUAUGCGAGGGAAAUUUCAUGGAAAUGCAUUGGAACGGGACUGGAGAUUUUGUCAGAAAUAGGCGAAAUCCGUUAAAAAAUCCGUAAAAAAUCUGAUAUAUGCAAUGAAUUUUUAUUGGAAAUGCAUUACAGAAAGGGCGGCACGGCGGGCAAGUGGUUAGCGCACAGACCUCACAGCUAGGAGACCAGGGUUCAAUUCCCACCCUCGGCCAUCUCUGUGUGGAGUUUGCAUGUUCUCCCCGUGCAUGCGUGGGUUUUCUCCGGGUACUCCGGUUUCCUCCCACAUUCCAAAAACAUGCUAGGUUAAUUAGCGACUCCAAAUUGUCCAUAGGUAUGAAUGUGAGUGUGAAUGGUUGUUUGUCUAUAUGUGCCCUGUGAUUGGCUGGCCACCAGUCCAGGGUAUACCCCGCCUCUCGCCCGAAGACAGCUGGGAUAGGCUCCAGCAGCCCCCGCGACCCUCGUGAGGAAAAGCGGUAGAAAAUGAAUGAAUGAAUGCAUUACAGAAAAAUCGGUUCUUUUUUAUCUGUCCGUUGUGAGCGAAUUUCCGAUAUAUCCGAGGUUUACUGUAUAAACCACUGACUGUGGAAAUUGUGACAGUUAUUUCAACUGCAUAAUAAAAAAACAACCUUUCAUUCCGAUAAUACAAUUCUCUCAUUCUCAUUUUUUUUUAUGGAGGAAGUGGGUUAAUAACAAACUGUUGCCAACGCCUCAGUAAUAAAAGUAGCUAUUGGCUGUCAUAGAAGUCGCUAAAUGAUGUCAUUAGCUAAUUUGCAUGUUUUUUGCA